AAGAAGAAGAAGAAGAAGAAGAAGAAGAAGAAGAAGAAGAAGAAGAAGAAGAAGAAGAAGAGACGCUCCACGGACUGAACCGGGGAAAGUUGUUUCCUGAACUCUUGGUGCAGUUGUGUUGAAGGCCGCCACUGCUGCACUUCACACAGGAAAAGGAAGACGGAUGCGGGCGAAGGGAAGAAUAUCGAAACGAAAGGAAAAUAUCGAGAUAAAUGACGUGAAACCAUGGAAGUGUCGGACACGGCAGCAUCGCGCAAUGAGGAGAUCAAUGUAGAAGCUGAAACAGACCUGCAGAUGCAGCUAAUCGAGUGUCGAGCUCAGCUGGAACACUGGCAGGGUGUGGCGAGGAUCUGCGAGCUUGGCAAACAGGAGGAGCUGCAGGAACUGCAAAAACAAUGCGACCAGGAGAUUCAGUCCUUGCAGGAAGCUCUGAGAGAAACAGUUGCUCAGUAUGAUGCUAGAAUAUCUGUUCUGCUGUCAGAACGAGCACAGUGGAGGAGAGCCGCCUCGCCCAAGGAGACUAAGGGGAUCUCUAAAAAGGGCAAGGUGGAGGGUACCUCUCCUCCACAGGGUGCUGACCAUGAGGGCUCAGGGUCAGACUCUGAUCCACUGGAGCUGUUGGCAGAGACAUCAGAUACAGAGACAACAGGCCUUAUGAUGGACUACUUUCCCCAGCACUGUGACUCGGCCUCCCAGUCUUCUUUCUCUCUGGACACACCCUCUUUGCCCCGACAUCCGCCCCCUCAAGAUGACACCGCCUCCCUGGUGUCCACAGGAACAUUAGUGCCUGAAGCGAUCUACCUGCCACCACCGGGGCACAGACUGGUUACGCAUUCAGACUGGGACAAAUUGCAAGCACAACUUGUAGAGCUUCAAGAGGAGGUGACAGAGCUUCAAAAGCAGAAAGCUGAGCUGGAGAGAGAACUGGAUGUGCAAAGCACAGAGACACAAAAACGGUUGUCAGUGCUUCAGUCUCAGGUGCAAACAUCUGAGACCCUUCUUCAAGACCUACAGAAAUCUUUUAGCCAGUCACAAAAUGCCGUUCAGAGCAGAUUGGCAGAGCUGUCUUACUCUCAGAAGAAAGUUUGUAAUGAACUCUCCAAGUUGAAAGGUGAAGACACUGAUGUGGAUGAAAAUAGCCUUCCACCGCACAGUCCAACACUAGAGGCAGCUCACUGUGAGGAGAGGCUUCGUAUUGAAAUAGUCAACCUACAGGAACAGCUGGAGACACGCACAGAAGAGAGCGAAAUUUUAGAAGUUAAGCUUGCCAGCCUGACAGUAGAGACAGACCGCAUACAGGUCCAAAAGGAAAAGUUGGAGGCUGAGCUGCAGGAGUGUCGUGUGGAGGUGAAAGGUCUGCGAGUGGCGCUUUCUCACCUUCAGAAGGAGAACAAAUCUCACAUCCAGGAGAAGGCAGCAUUACAGCAGCAGUGUUUAGAGUGUCGCAGUCAGGUGGUCAGUCUGCGCUCUCAACUAGACACUAGUCAAGCUGUGCAGAAGGAUUUUGUGCAGCUGUCGCAGUCACUGCAGGUGAAAUUGGAACAGAUUCGCCAAGCAGAAUCUUUAAACCAAGUGAAGCACAUUCUAGGGGAGGAGCUUGAAGACACCAAUUUAGCUGCUGAUGCCACAUGAAACAAUAUAAGAAUAGGUGACAUUUUGGCCAACCAAAGGGAAGAGACUCUGGUGGGCAAGGAGGUGGUCCUCAGAAAGGGCCAAGCUGAGGUGGGCUGCCUACAUA